AAGUCUUUUAUCCCAAAACUGUCUAAAAAGUUUUAGGGCAUGAUUAAACAGAUCCAAGGCUCUUCCUUUACUGCAAGAAGAAGCCCAACAAACGCACUGAAAACCUAAUACGACUGUAAUCUCUUUUAGAUUUUCCGGAUAGACAUAGAAUUUUGGAUGUUUUGAAGAUUUAUUGAGCGAGACGGAGAAAGAUAGCAAUGUCUCUAACGUGCGUGAAGAUGUCUGAGGAUGUGUGGUUAACGUGUCUCACUCAUGCAUUGUCAACUGAGACCGAAGAGAUCAUGGGGCUUCUUCUCGGUGAUAUUGAGUACUCAAAAAAUGGAAGUGUAACUGCCUUGAUCUGGGGAGCAUCACCACAGUCACGAUCUGAUCGGCGAAAAGACAGAGUGGAGACAACUCCUGAACAAUUAGCUGCUGCAUCAGCACAAGCUGAUAGAAUGACUGCAUCAACUGGAAGAACAACAAGAGUGAUUGGAUGGUACCAUUCACAUCCUCAUAUUACAGUUCUUCCUUCCCAUGUUGAUGUGCGAACGCAAGGAAUGUAUCAGCUUCUAGAUUCUGGAUUUAUUGGGCUGAUAUUUUCGUGUUUCAGUGAAGAUAUAAACAAGGUUGGAAGAAUCCAAGUCAUUGCUUUCCAGUCCUUGGAUGGGAAGCAAAAUCUUAUGCCAAGACCUGUUUGUCCAUCACCUGUAAAUAACAGUUCAGUGAUUGAUAUUGAAUCCUCUUUGAGUUCCUCAGAGAAUACAUCUGUGAGAUCUGCUCUUGCUAGAGCAGAUAGUCCUGAAGAAGACACUGGUGAUUCCAGAACAAUUUCAGGAUCUAAGGGUGGGGGACGAUCUUCAGACUUGGGGGUGUUCUUUGCUAAUGCUGAUGCUAACUCUCUUGGGAGAGAGAAAACUGGGGGAAAUUAUAAUACUAAUAACUUAAGCAAUAACAUUGAUGAAAUAGACCCAAUGGAUAUGUCAGCAGGUAUGCAAGAAGCAAUGCACCGAUCAAAUUUGGACAUGAGUGGUGCUGAGUAUGUCCGAAAAGAAAUUCCUCUUCAUGUUUUGCCAACCGCAUCUCUUCUUAAACUUGAGUCACCUUUAACAUCAUUUACGGAUUUGCAACGUGUGUUAUAUGAGGAGGAGCGAGCAGCAUAUACCCAAGCUAUUUUGCAACAUAUGAGGGAAGGAAAAGUGCACCCUCUUAUGUUCAUUCAUCAUACAUCAACAUAUCAGGCUUCCAUGUGCAAAUUAAUUGAAUAUUGUUUGAGUCCUGCCAUAAAUGCACUUCAAGAUAGGUUGAGGGAAAAUGAAAUCCAGCUGGCAAGGCUGAUUGAUGAAGCUAAGACUUUGGAGGUUGAGGUCUCCAGAGGGAGUGAAUCAAGUAUUGGAUCUCCUCAUGCUGGCCUAUCUCAUGGACUCCGAGGAAAUGUUCUGAGUGGUCAGAGGGAUUCAAGGAACGUAGCUGACACCAGCAGUUUGAGGACUGCCGUUGGAUCUGGUAGCCGAAGCAGAAAAGGGUCUUAAAAUUCUGACUUAAACCCCCUCUCUACAUUCUAUGACACCAGGUGAUGAAUGCUUUUGAGUUUGCUGAAUUUAUCUGGGUUUGCAAUAAGAACCAGAGAUAACGGGAGUAGUGACAUGUGGCGAGGGAGGAGAGUUCUCUUUUUGAGUCUGAUCAACUUUGUUGAGUCCCAGAGAAGCAUGCAUCCAGAGGAUGGGUGAUGGGGGGAGAGUGGUUAAAGAAGAGAAUGUUGGUGUAUAUAGGCUACCUGGUUUUAUAAUGUCAGGCUGGCAUGUGUGGUGCAGUUUUAUCUCUUUUUUUAAGUUUUAUGGAUAGUUCCCAUGUCAGGGACGUAGGUGACAAACAAUUCUGUACUCAAACUAUGGUUUGUGUCCCAAAUGGAAAAUUGUGCAUGAUUAUUAAUCCAAAGGGAAAAGGAGCGAGCACCUGCAUUUUUUCUUCUGUGGGAAAGUCUAUGGUGCCUCCAUUAAUUCA